AAUGAAAGAUUUAUAAGAAGAGUCACCAAAAAAGCCUUUACCUUUUUAACGUUUAGUUACAACAGCCAAUAUUAAUAGAAGAUUCAAUUCUAAAAAAAGUUCAAAUCCUAAAACUCCAAAUAGUGUUGAAAAAGAGGAUUAUGAAACUUAAGAAAUUGAAAAUAAAAGGAUGAGUUAAACAAAUGUUAGAAAAAUGCUUCAUCCAACUUUAGAUGAUGAAUUUCUAGGAUCAACUAAGAUAUGGGUUCCAGGAUUUUUAUCAAAAACUAGAAAUAUUCAUUAACAUACAUAAUCUUAAAGAGGAUAACGUAAUUAGAAUAAAAGAUUUCACACUGAUUCACUUGUCAGUUGA